GUCUCUCUCAGAUUCACAGCUCAGAAAAAUAAAACAAAAAAAGAAAUCAGUUCGCAAUAAAAAAGGUUUGAUUUUCUUGCAAAACCCAGACAUAUUGCAAUCUAAAACCCUUAUCUUUCCAUUUAUUCUGAGCGAACUUCGCUCUUCAAUUCAGACAAUUUGUGUUCAAAAAGGCAUUUUUACAGCAAAGCUUCUCAAAAUUAUCAAUAGUUGUCGUGGCAGCAAUUGAAACUUUUAUGGGUAUCUUGCAGUUUUCUGCUAAUCUUGAAGUUGGGAAAGAGAGUGGAUGAACUAGUUGAAUUACAUAUAGGUUGAAGAGCUCAAAUCUUGAUACUGUUCACAUUCAGAUUUUGAUAGUGGGAUGGGCUGCGGGUGUUCGAAUCUGUCACUGUGUUGUUGGAGUUCUGGGUAUAAUGCAUCAAUUCCUGAGGUGCAGGAUGUUGAAAAUGAAGAGAAGAGUGAGGUUGAUGAUGUACCCGCAUUUCGUGAAUACAGUAUUGAAACACUUAGGAUGGCUACAUCUGGGUUUGCUGCUGAGAAUAUAGUCUCUGAGCAUGGAGAAAAGGCUCCAAAUGUGGUUUAUAAAGGGAAGCUUGAAAAUCAGAGGCGGAUUGCUGUGAAGCGUUUUAAUAGACCGGCUUGGCCCGAUGGCCGACAAUUUUUGGAAGAAGCCAAAGCUGUUGGUCAACUGCGAAACCAACGGUUGUCAAAUUUACUUGGCUGUUGCUAUGAAGGUGAUGAGAGGUUACUUGUUGCAGAAUAUAUGCCCAACGACACAUUGGCAAAGCACCUAUUUCAUUGGGAAACACAACCAAUGAAAUGGGCAAUGCGAUUGAGGGUGGCUCUAUAUCUUGCCCAAGCUUUGGAAUAUUGCACCAGCAAAGGACGUGGCCUAUAUCAUGACUUAAAUGCUUAUAGAAUUGUUUUUGACGAUGAAGGCAACCCUAGACUUUCAUGUUUUGGCCUGAUGAAGAACAGUAGAGAUGGAAAAAGUUACAGUACAAAUUUGGCAUUUACUCCUCCUGAGUAUCUGAGGACAGGAAGAGUGACACCAGAAAGUGUAAUGUAUAGCUUUGGCACCCUUUUGCUUGAUCUUCUCAGCGGAAAACAUAUUCCUCCUAGCCAUGCAUUGGACCUAAUACGAGAUAGGAAUGUACAAAUGUUGACAGAUUCUUGCUUAGAAGGUCAGUUUACUAAUGAUGAUGGGACAGAGCUAGUGCGUUUAGCCUCGCGAUGUUUACAAUAUGAGCCCCGGGAGCGACCAAAUCCAAAGUCAUUGGUAGCAGCUUUAAUUCCACUUCAGAAGGAUACUGAGGUUUCUUCUCAUGUAUUGAUGGAUAUACCACAUGGUUCUGCAGCUUCUCCUCUUACGCCACUUGGUGAUAUGUGCUUAAGAAUGGAUUUGACUGCUAUGCAUGAGAUCUUAGAAAAUCUGGGUUACAAAGAUGAUGAGGGGGCAGCUUCUGAGCUAUCAUUCCAGAUGUGGACCAACCAGAUGCAGGAAACGUUAAAUUCGAAGAAAAAGGGUGAUAGUGCUUUUCGCCAUAAAGAUUUUAGGGCGGCCAUUGAUUGCUAUUCUCAGUUCAUUGAUGUUGGAACCAUGGUCUCACCUACAGUAUAUGCAAGGCGUAGUCUUUCUUAUCUUAUGAGCGACAUGCCACAAGAAGCGUUAAAUGAUGCGUUGCAGGCACAAGUAAUAUCACCUGUUUGGCAUAUUGCAUCUUAUUUACAAGCUGUUGCUCUUUUUACACUGGGAAAGGAGAAUGAGGCACAAGUAGCACUUAGGGAGGGAUCUGUCCUUGAGAAUAAAAGGGGUGCAGCUGCUUGACAGGAGGAAACUCAAAACAAAUUGGUCGUAUUCCCUUGAUUUUUUCCCUGUAGAUGUCGAUCCUUGGCAAAUACAAGCUUCUCAAUUUCCAGCCACAAUGAUAAAAGGUUCUUCAGUCUUAAAGCACAGCAUGAUUUGGAUAGAUGUAACUGGUUCUGAUCUUUGGUGUGCAUGACUGAUUUAAGUAAAAGUAGCCAUCCUCGUGAAAGAUUCUUUUACAAUAAACUGGACAAAGUUCCGAAAACUAGACGAGUUUCUGAUUACUGAGGUUGUGGGGGAAUAUUUAAAAUGCUUCUGAAACGGUCGUCUGUGGAGGGAUUCAAGUAUUGUUUAAAGCUGCAUUUAGCGAGUGAAUAGAUGAUUUGCCGUAUUUGUAAUUUUGUGUACAGUGCUACUGCGGAUGGCUGCUGCAAGCACUAACAUUGGCUUGUUUUAUGCGAUGUUCCCUUUUGGAAUCAAUUUUCUAUUUAGUUCUAUACUUCUCUGCAUCACUUGUUUGUAUUGGAAGGAUUCUCCCUAAAAGAGCAUCCGCUGGGCGCGGAGCUGUUUCACUGCUA